UAGCGUGUUCACUCUGACGUCUAGAUGGUGUGAUGGCCAGAUUUGCGUGGACAGAACUUCAAGGGAGAGUGCACUCUUAGAUCGCUGGCGUUCAUGCGUGAAACAUCUUCUGCAGCAGACAUGACCGUUUUCAUGUCACAUGACAGGGCCGUAAAUCCACAUCAAAUGAAAGCGCGUACAAUAAUUGAUCUUCGUUGUGAGCUUCGUGAGUGGAAUCGACGCGAACAGCUGCGCCAUCACUAGUGCAACUCGAGAAACUCUCGUCCCUGCUCUGCCACAAACUGCACUCGAAUGAGUUCUUUUUCUCUCUGCAUCACAUGCAUCUACACAUGUAGCAACGCCCACUCGCUAAACAUCAGUCGCUUCGAGCCCAGAUAGUCGAGCUUUAAGUCAUGCUCCGGCACCUUUGGUACGGAGUACGUACAUCAUUUGGAUAACAACAAAUGUACAAGCACUUCCUCGCUCCAUGUUUUAGUGCUCAGCUUUCUCCCAUUCACUGUGCAUCUGCGUGGAGCAUAGCGUUUUCGAAAUUGGUAACUUCUGUUGCUGCCCAACACGACGCGAGCGCUCACGGUCUGGUGGCAACUGCGCGAGACAGGCUGCCCAAUCACGUAUGGUUUUCAUCACAGCAGUACAAGCGUCAUGCAAGGAGAGUUCGUCUUUGA